UGUCCAUUUUCCCGCGGAUUUUGUUACAAUCGCGAUGUAAUGUUAUGAAGGUGUGCUUGCAAUGCGUUUUAUAAAUAGUGUAACAUUAAUAUUCUCGUGAAAGUUGUUUAUUUUCUAAUCGAUAUUUCUUCAUAUCGUCAUUACUAUUUAUUUGUCGACGCACACGAUCGGUCAGAUCCUUCCCGUUGAUCGAAGUCUUCGUCGAAGUCUAGGUUAGGACGACGAUGCUAAAUUGACAGAUCUUUGUAUUGUAUCAUAAUCUACAGUAAUUAUCUACAGUAAUUACUACAAAACUCUUUCGAGUAGGAAUUGUGCUUUACAAAAUACGAGGUUUAAUCAACAGAAUAAAGCAAUGGAUGUUUCCGUGGAAGAUGAUUGUACAGUAGAAGUAAUUACACAUUCAAAGAAAAAAACGCUGAAACAAGCACAACUGCCAUUUCAAACAUUAAGUGCCUCUAAAUCUCCAAACAGUACAAAUAAUAUGCCUAACAAAAAGAGGAAGGUAGUAUCGCCUUUAGAAGAAAUUAAGAAUAGUAAAAUGAUAAAAUAUGCAAAGGAGAACUCUGCUAAAGACAUCUCUGAAGAAAAAGAAAAAGUAGAAGAAAAAUCUGACACUGAUAGCGAAUGUAUUGAAUUAAUAUCAGAUCAAGAAGAAAAAGACUUAGAACAAAGUAGUGAACAAAAUGAUGAGGAAAAAACGAAAAUUGAGACACCUAAAAGGAAUUUUAUAAAAAAAAAUAAAACACUGAAAAAGUCCCAAAAGAAAUCUGGUGCUUUGACAAAGUUUCUCACAAAAGCAGACAGUGAACCCACAAGCACUUCACUCAAAUCAAGGACUCAAGAACUAGAUUGUCAAAAUACAUCCCGUGAAGAAAAUGGCGAAAUUCCUUUAAGUUUGCAAUCCCUUGAAUCUCCAUUGCAUAUGUCUCAUGUGAGCAAAGAAAUGAAUCAAGUUAAUGUUAUAGAAAAUCCUAAUAUCAGCCAAGAGUCAGAUUCUGAUAUUGCUAUUUUAUCUUCGGAUGAUGAAGCUCCAAGCGAAUUAGAUAAAUCCAUAACAAGUAUAAAUGAAGAAAAGACUAUAAAAUCACCAAUUCCUACUACCCCAAAGAGUGGGGACAAGGAUGAGAAAAUAAAAUUUAAAAAAUUAACACCUAAGCAAUUAGAAAAAAGGCAAGAAAUAGCCAAGAGAAAGGAGGAAAAGGCAAAAUUAAAAAUGGAGAAAGAGAAGAAACGGCUAGAAGAGAAAGCGGAUCGUCGAAGAAAGAGAGAAGAGAAGCAGAAACAGAAGGAAGAAAAGGAGAAACUAGAGAAACAGCAAAAGAAAAAGGAGAAGGAAAUGAAAGAACUUAAGAAACAAAUGGAAAUCGAACAAAAACAAAAAGAAAAAGAAGCGAAAGAAGAAGAGCGAAGAAGGCGAGAAGAAGAGAAGAGGAAGAAAGAAGAGGAAAAGUUGGAGGCCGAGCGUAAGAAACAGAAGGCGGCAUCGAAUUUCGCCAGUUUCUUUGUCUCUAAGAAACAAGAAGCUAAAUCCACAGAGGAGGAGAGCGACAUCGAAGCGAAAAAUUUUAUGCCUUUCGAGGUGAAAGUAGACAUGAGAGUCGCACCAGUAUGUCGAAGAAUGUUGAGUAAACAGCAAAAAUCAUUAUUGGAUGAAAAAUGCAACGCGAAAGACACGAAGAGGUCCGAACUAUAUCUCGAGGAUGUCAGGAAAGGUAGAAUCGUACCACGAACUUCUUCCAAAACGUGGCCACUCGAAACGAAGGACGAUGAUAUUGUUAUAUUAGAUGAAGACAACAAUGGCAACUCCAACAUAAUUAUGGAGACGCAUCACUUGGAAAAACAUCGACCGAAGUUACUGCAGUUCGAUGACAACCGUCGUCCUCCAUAUUGGGGCACGUGGAGGAAACAAAGCAACGUCAUAAAGCCGCGGCAACCGUUUGUGAAAGACCAGAAAUGGUUUGACUACGACAUCGAUUCCGACGAAGAAUGGGAGGAGGAAGAGCCAGGAGAGUCUCUCAAAGGGUCUGACGACGAGAAGGACGAGGAAAAUCCGGAAGAUAAUGAAUACGAUGUCGAUAACGAAUUCAUGGUACCACACGGAUACUUGUCCGACGAAGAGGCGCGGGCUGACGAAGAGGAAAUGGAAGAUAUGUCGCCGCAAACACAGAAGAUGAAGCUGAAACUGUUGGGCGAGCAAUUUGAAGCCGAAAGGAAGGUAAAGACGCACAAACUUCAGCCGAAGAUAAUCGGAUGCGUUUGGCAAGGACCCAGCAAUGGACUCCCAGAUGGCGCACCUACGAAACUCCGAGAAUUCGUGUCGUCGCGACAGAUUUGGGUCAGCCACGUACCGAUGAUACUUCCGUCAUCGGUGUCAACGGAGAACAACGCCGCGACGGGCGAGUGCAAAACGCCGUCGCAACAACCAUCCGGCCGGAGCGCGAAGAAAAGCAAAUUGCCCGACGAAACUUCGCCCAGUCUGGUUAGCGGCGAGCUGAUGCGGAACUGGUUAGGAUUCCGAUCGGAAACGCGAGUUUCUGACUAGCGAGUGUCCGAUCGCGAUGUCGCCUCUGUGCCUUAGAACUGUCGUGAAUUUUUCGGGAUUGAUCUGCCACUCAUCCCCGAGGUGUUGAAAACUUUUUUAUCGGUAAUAGCCAUCGAACAAUUCCAAAACGCGCGGAACCGUUCUUUGGCUUUCUUAUAAAAAUUAUUGAAAAGUUACAGAAAGAAAAAACAAACCUGUAUCGCGUCUCUUUUGUAAUUCAGCGCUUUUUUGCGAUCCAUAACUUGUAAAACAAGCUAAUUCUAUCUGGUGAAAUUUUUGAAGAUUCUCUUCUACAUAAAGUAUAGACGACGUUAUAAUUUACAAAAUGCAGGAGAGGAUCAAAAUGAUACUUCCAAGUAAAUCGAUGAGGCAAGUCUCACUUGAGAAUAAUAUUCUCAUUUCCGCUCGUCCCACAUCGUAACGAUUGCAAACGUUGUAUUGCUAGACACGUAGACACGUUAAUUUUCGAUAUGUAUCAAUUCUACUUUUUUUUAUAAGAUUCUUGUUGCGCUAAAUGUUUACGAAAUAUAUUUUAUAUCGGUGAAAAAGGUUAUCCUUCUCUGUUUGCAUCGCCACAGCGCGUGAGAUUGACUCACCUGUGCUUCUCGUAUUCGGGAUCACGCUUCGUGAGAGGAAGCAAGAGAGCAGUUGUAAAUACCAUGCGAUUUCGUACAAUCUGUAGUCGUACUUAUCGUAGUUUUAUCAUUUAUACCGGGCUGUUUUUUCUCGCCGAAGUGUACUUCGGUACGAACUGUAAGAUCUCAAUCUGCGAAUGAAAUCGAAGAUUGAGAGCGCCAGCAUUUUCCAUUGCCCGUAUAGGGAUCUAGUUUUCGUUUUGGAGAAUACUCUGACGAGCGGUUGCACCUCACGAUCGCACUCGCACUCGCACUCGCGCGCGCCGGAAAGAAGAGAGAGAAAAAAAGUAACACCGUUCGUCCGGAGAGGAAGUUUUACAGUCGGUAGUUCGGGGCCGUACCUCCGGGGUGUACCACCGGACCGCGGCAUAUGGCCGGAAUAACGAAAGGGCGCUCCCCGAGAUUGCGGCAAUUAUCGAGUCACGUUACGAGAUCCGAGCCGUUAAGACGCGGCCGUAGAAAACUCCGAGCUGCAAAGGCCACGGACGACCGCAGCGAGAGAGUUUUAUACGUGAAUUACGCUAAUUUGCGAUGAUUACUUCGUGGCGGUACCAGGAGACCCCGAGAAGCGCCGUCGUUGCGAUUUGCCGGAAGGAACGCAUCGUUAUCGGGAGAUGCUGCCGCGUAUAAGCACCAAUAUUCGCCAAUCUACGUGGAGGAGUCCCGAUUAUCCCACACGGGUAAAGCCGAAGGAACUUGAAGGAAAAAGAAAUAAUAUAAUAAAUGUGUGCGAAUAAAGAUGAAAUAAUGAAGUAA